AUGCUGAACCUAUAUAUUGGAGACAAGGCCCAGUUCAUUCACCAUUUCACAAAGUGGAGACAUGAUAUUAACCAUCCAUUUUGGGCAGAAUGUUCAAGUCCUCCAGUUUUUCCCAAAAAAGCCGAUUCGUGUAACUCAUCUGAUACGGAAGAAGUCGAUAACGUCAAUAUGUUGGAGAUAUUGCAAAGUAAUAAAAAUGGGGAACGUGUGCUACAGUUUUACGAAAAAAACAAGUUUCUCACAGAUGAACUAAGAGUUUUCAUUAUAAACAUUGCUGCCCAGCAUUUUGCAAGAAAAGACGCACCAAUGACUCUUCAAGCAAGCUACAAACUCGAAACGCAAAUAUUGUCUCUAUUUCCGACUGAAAAACUUGAAUUCUAUCGAACAGAACGUAGAGGAAAAAUUUAUGUAAAAUCCCAAAAUCUUAAAAAACAAAGCAAGCAGAUUUUUAUGCUGGAAAACGAAUCACCUACGGCGUCAAAAAAGGCUAAAAUUACUUUUGUACCUGAGGAGAAUGGAGAGGAUUUGGUGCAAGUUCUUAAAUAUGACAAGCUUUCAGCUGAAGAGUUUGAAACAAAGUGGAUUUCUUGUGCCAACUAUAGACUUAAUCAAGUACUUAACGAAUGCAGUAGCCUACGAGAGAUUCUUAAAAAGUGGCCUGAAUAUAAAUCACAUUAUAAGUUGAUUGAUAUUGACUUCUCAAUAAUGCAUAAAUCGCACAACAAAAUGCUCAACUGGGACCAAAAAAUCCUAAAGUUGUUUAACUUUUUGAAAAAAUCUAAGCAACUUAAAUGUCAUGGUGAGUCAAAAAUGUUAGAAACUCUCCAGGACGAAGAUUUGGAAAAGGAUCGAGGCACAUUUGCAGUGAAAACCCUGUGGAUUUUACAUUAUGUUCUUUUCCCGACUGGGCGGCAAGUUCGAAAAACAAUUCUCGGAAAGAAAGAAAUAUCUCGCUAUACAAUAAAGGACUCCCAGAAGACGUUUUUGUUUUUGGGAAAGACUUUGCAAGAAUUACACGACCAUAUUGAUUUUUUGUUAAAGAUGAAAGAACAUAUUCAGCCUUUUAUAUUGGGAAUCGGAAGUCUGGACGAUAUACAUGAAAUUUUUGUUUAUUUUGAUGGUGACCUCAUACGGUUUCCUAAUUUUCUUCGCUCUUUGGAUAUUUGUUUUAAAAUGUUCCAUUUAUUUAAUUUACAAUAUCCCACAGCAUCUGAAACAUUUUGGAUCUUUUUGGAAAACUACUUUUUUGAAAUAAGUUCAUGCUCAAAGAAAAAGUCAAAGGUAAGCAUCCUCUUGGAUGAUUUAGAGAAACAAUCUGAGUAAUUGGUUUCAAUUUAAUAAGUUAUAAAUUCUCAGAUAUUUAAAACACUAAAUUAAAUAAUAAUUAAGCUAUUUUUAUAUUGAUAUCUUCAUAUCAAUUAAAAAUAAGUUCGAAAAUUAGAUUUAUGCAAAUAACAAACGUUCCUAAAUUCCGCAGAUUAAAAACUGACUGUGUAUUUGAAUUACCUCAAGUAAUUACAAAUAAAGACUUAUAGACUAUAUAAGUAAAAAAAGUUAUAGUAUUUUAUAAGAACUUGUAUGCUAAAAAUAUAUUAAAUAUAUUACUGUUAAAAACAAAUCAAAAUGGACUGAAAAAUGAAUUAUAACUAAGUAGAAUUGUUUACAAAAUAUGAUAUGUAAGAAGAAACAUGAACUUUUGUAACACUGAUUAAAUAAUAUUUACAAAAUUAAUUUUUAAAAACCGCUUGCAAAACAAGUCACAAUAUGAAUUUAUUAUUUUUGAGUUUAACAUAGAUAUCUAAGACCUCUUUUGUUUGUAAAUGAAUUAACAAAGAUACGUUUUUACAAAAUAAAGAAAAAU